CCUGGAUAAAAACGUGUUCUUCGGAGCUCUUCAGGUCAGACGUCAGCGAGACGGGUGAACCCACAUCAAAGAACAAGGUCUCCCAGGCAGCCGGUCGCGUGUGCAUCCUGCAGCAGCAUGAAGGGAUCCCACUUGUUCCUCUGCCUCCUCUCCGUGUCCUGCUGCCUGAAUUUGAUGCCGACAGCUGGGAACAAAAUCUUCCACUUUGGACUGUGCAGGGUUUCAAUGAGCGUGACCGAGAUUAGGUCUGGUUUCACCGCAAUUAAAGCCAACAUUCAAGCCAGAGACCCCAUCAGGACCCUCAGCAUUUUGUCUUACCCACAUUCUCUGCACAAGGUUAAGUCAUUAGACAGAUGCUGCAUCACCCAUCACCUCUUCAACUUCUACGUGGACAAAGUCUUCAAGCACUGCAAGACCGAGGAUUCGUACAUCAACCGGAAAAUCAGCAGCAUCGCCAACUCCUUCCUCAGCGUGAAGAGGAAACUCGGGCAGUGUCAUGAGCAGAAUAGGUGCCUGUGUGGACAGGAAUCCGAUGAGAAAUUUAAGCAAAUACUUGCAAACUACGAAGGGCUGAAUGUCACAUCUGCAGCAAUUAAAUCCCUGGGUGAGCUGGACAUCCUACUAGACUGGAUAGAGAAAUCUCCUUAGAAAGCAGAAGGCGUUAACGACCCGCCAGCGACUGGGGCUAAGGAAGCUGCUGGGACAUUGCACACACCAGCAGUGAAGGGGCAAAUAAUGUACUGUAUCAGUGCAGUUCCUCACCGAUGGCAGCUAGGGUCAAUCAAACACUUGAGUGUUUCGCUAGCCGGAUACCCAGGGGAAUGUGUCAGCAGCGUCUUGCAUUAAGAUGGAAAUACCAAGUUUGAUCAAAUCAGCAUAACGCUGGCUUAGCUGGCUUCUAUCAAAGGAUGCUCUCCAAGGGAAAAUCUGAAAGAGUUCCUCUUGCUAGCAGACAUAAGCUGUGAUCAUUUAAUAAAAGUAUUGUUUAAAUUAUAAAAUUUUUGUAUUGUGAAUGUGUAUUCGUGAGUGCUGAGUGCCUGCUGGAAUGGCUCUGGUGUAGAGAUAAUAAAUGCUCAUAUAGUUGACAGUGUAGAGUAGUUGAUAAUGAAUGAUUGAUGGUAGUGGUGUGGAGUUGUUGAUAAAUGCUGAAACGAGGUGCACAGGGUGAGAAAUGCUUCCAAGAAUAGGUCCUAGCAGGUAUGUCAGGCCUUAGAAAUCUGUCUUUCCUUUUGAGAUUAUAUUUUCUGCCUUAUCAGUAAAAGAAAACCUUCUAUGCAAGAUAUGUGGUUGCUGAAUAGAAAAAGGUUCUUGUAGGUAUUGUGUAAUUUACCGACACUCAGUAGUAAGUUUUGUGGAAAUCUGUUGCAAUUACUGCAAAUAAACCCCACUUGAAACUGUGCUGAGUCUGUUUGUCAAAAUUCAGAGGAAUUAUAUGUUUCUUGUUGGUGAAACUUUAUGAACUCACCGUGGUGCCCUUUCAUAGCAGAUAUUGUCACUCCUGGUAAUGCUAGCAUCCCAGAGGUGACGCAUUGUUCCUGGCAUACCAGAAAGACCAAAGUUUAGACCUGAAUGAUGUUAAGUCAUCCCGGCUUGUCCACCAGACCAUUUUUACUGUGCAUAAUGUGUAGCUCUGGUCUGUUUUCACCCAUUUCGGGCUCUUUUAGCCCUCAGUGGCUGCACACGCAUUGCUGGUACCCUCUGGUUCUGCACGCUCUAAUUUAAUUUUCCACUGUGUUUUCCCACAAGGUGUUAAUACACAUAGCGCUGCAGUAUCUGACAAUGGCAGAGGACUAAUGUCUUAGUAAAUGAACCAAGACGACCCGGAUCAUGUCUCCAAGCAGCCAGGCGGUGUUACAUACUGCUGGUGUCAGGGCCCAGGUAAAUGCUUGGGGAGCAGCUGGAUGUUUAUGUCCCUGGUAGCCCUCUAGUCCUAAUAGUUCAAGUGAUAAAGUCUUACUGCUGCAUUCUUUAGACUUAAGGCUCGAGUCAGACUGGAGGGUAGAUCUCUGACAUGGUGGAUUUUGCUCUAAGAAUCAACUAAGCUGAGCAAGGUGUACCGAAACUCCUGCCAGCUGUGGCAGCAAGAGCAGAGCCAGGACAUUGCAUGCUUUCCCCAGCUCUGAGCAGCUCUUAUGGCUGUUAGGGCAAAGUUAUUGCCUCUAGGCCUUGCACAAACCCCUUCUCAACACUUCUGUUCCCAUGG